UGAAUAUAGCUUGUCAAUUUAGAUUUUGGACAAAUUGUCAAUAAAUAAAGAUACGGCAAAAUGGAAUGGAAAUAACUUGUUUAUGAGGAUAUUAUCGAUAAAUUUAAAUUAAUUUUCUAAUUACUAGUAACUAUUGAUAGAUUGUGACAAUUUCAAGUAUAUCUAUACAUUGGUUUAGUCUUUUAUUUUGUAUACAAUAAUAUAACCUCACUCUAGUAAGAAACAAUACAAAAGAUGGGUGUAACAGUGUUACAGCAGUUCCAUGUACCGGAAAACAAGACCGGAACGUAUGUGAUAGAGCUGUUGACGAAACGUAUUCUCGCGCUGGGAGCCACACAGCAGGGACAGUUCCUGGUGGACUGCGAAAGUUAUUUAUCACAUCCUCAAAUGGGAACAACAAAAACAGUUCACAUUCUUCACAACUCGGAACAGCCUGCUUCAGUGUUUUCAAUCCUAGAGAGUGGUACAAAGAACAUCCAUGUCAUCGCUGAUGGGCUGUUUGAUUUGCUGAUGAUGAAGCUGUCACAGCAUUAUACAUCUAAGAAACAGACCAAGAUCGAGAGCAAGGGACCAAGGUUUGAACUGGGUGACUUUUGUGUUAAGCUUGGUUCAGUCACUAUGAAUCAGAAUUUCAAAGGUGUUUUGAUUGAGGUGGAAUACCGUCCAUGCGUGAUGGCUAACGCAGUGUGGGGUCUGUUGCGCGAGUUUCUCCAAGGUCUUCUGGGACCGUCAGUGCCGGUGCAGCCACCACAACACCUACUCAGCAGAAUGAACGAGAUAUACACACCAAUAGACACCAUUUAUCAGUACUUAGAACAUUUUAGUGCAUAUAGGAAAGGGUUGAGAAGUGCUUGAUUCAGUGGAUUUCAUUUUAUGGAGGUUGGAGAUGGAUAUUUUGGGACGCUGAUAGUUUCGUAUAAAGUUUUAAUCGGCCGUGUAUACUUGCAGAUCCCACGCUAGAUAUAAAUUAUUUUAAAUCUAAUAAUAAAUAUUUUGUACAUUAUUA